AUCGCCAUAUUGGGCACUGAAAAGGCUUGUCUGUUAUUUUCCUCUCCCCUCUUACUACGACACGAAAUUGACAGGAGUGGCUCUUGCAACUGCACUUUGUUUUGAUGAUCCGUGGAGAUUACUUCUGGUGUUUCCACAUUGCCCGUUAUUACUAGCUAUUUGGGUUUUUGUAUGGCAUGCAUGCGUUUUGGAUGAUCACUUUUUUUACGUCUGUUUUGGAACGUGUUGAACCAGGAGGACUUGCGAGGGGCUGAGAUUAAAUCAUCGUAUUGUCUAUUUUUCUCAAAAAGGAAAAAUGUCCAAUGUUCGCCUUUCAAAUGGGAGUCCAACUUUGGGACGGAUGGAUGCUAGGUUAUCGGAUAACCUGAAAUCCACAGCCUGUAGAAGCCUUUUCGGUCCGGUGAAUCACGAAGAGUUAAAGAAGGAUUUAAAGGGACGUUUGCAUGAGAUGGAAGAGGCGGCUUCGGCGAAAUGGAAUUUCGAUUUUUCAAGUCACAAACCGCUCCCGAACGGGAGAUACAAUUGGAAAACAGUGGAUGACAGUCCAAUUUUUUACACAUCGCUGCGAGCGAGUAACGUUACGGACAGCUGCCCCUCAGGGAAUACAAAUGUGGAUUUGAAUGGGAAUCAUAAUUGUGUGGUGGUGACACCCUGCAAGCACUCUGAGGAGAAAGCAGAGAGGGCUGAAAAUCAGAUGGAUAUCAGAGACCAAUGCAAUGGACAGAGGAAAAGGCCAGCAUGUCACGAGUCGUCGUCUCAGAAUAAAAGGUCACACACCAGUCUGGAUGACGUUUCUCGUUGUUCAGGUCUGACACAAGCUGUAGAAAACACACCCAGGAAGCCCAGUCCCCGGACCCAAACGUGAACAUGACGAGCUGAAGAGACCCCCACCCCAGUCAUGAAAACCUCAGUGCUUGGCUAAUCAAAGAGGAUCUACGAGAAAGACAAAAAAGAAGGAAUGAAGAAAGGCAAAACAUAUCAACUCUCCUAAGAAUGGGGACAAUGUUCAAGCACUGACAUAAACACUAAGUUCUGGCACUCAAAAAGUAACUGCCUCUAAAGCAGUCAAUGUAGCAGUGUGCAAUUAGGUUUCAUUUCCUUUGUUGCUCAUUCUCUUACUACCUGUGUAUAUAUUUCCUUUUCAUAUGUAGCACAUAAUGCGUAUUAUGAUCCAGAAUCCUUUAUGGAAAAGGUGUGAAUUUGAUUUGACUUGAAUUGCAGUGUAGUUUUUCUAAGUGUUUCCAAAAUGCUGUUUUUUUUUCUUUUCUUUUUUCCAUUUAAAAGGCAGUGCCCCACACCAUACGUUUUUGAUGGCCAUAAAGUAACCACAUUCCUAUUAUUUGUAUUAUUUAUUUAAAUAUAAAUUCUCAGAUCAGCAAUAUCACUUGCGCAUCUUUGCAUCUCUUAAAAUUGUUCAGGUAAAGCAUGGUACAUUUGUGGCGUCAAAACAGAAGCAGGUUGACCCUGCACACAAUGAUGGCCCUGUGUUGUAAUUUUUUUGAGGUGAACUUAACAGUAAUAAGGCCUUAGAUGUUUAAACACUGUCACGACUUCAACAUGGUUCUUCUUUCACUCUAAAUCAUGUAGCUACAUCAUUCAGCUCUUAAAAAACAAUGGUUGAUCGAAUAGUGAUUUCUGGUCUACCUGAGAGUUAAGAUCAAAAUCCAUAGUCUUAACAGUAUUAAUUGAAAGAGUCACCGGCUUGGGCACUAGUGUUCUCUGUUUUCUAUUUCUUUACGUGUUAUUGGUGGGUUUGUGUCCUAUUGGCAGCAUGAAUACAUCAACUAGUUCUUUUCACUACUUCCACCAGCUGUAGACUCUGCAUGUACAGCAUUGGAGAUGGGCUUGCCCUCUUUACAGAAGCAAUUGAUUGAACUGUGUGCAUCUGCAGUGUCAUUAUUUCAUAAAAUGGAAUUUAUUUUCUGCAAGUUAACUGUAUUUAUCAAAAAGUAUGUUCUUCUUAUAUUAAAAACACUGCCUGUGUAUUUUGUGUAAACAUUGAAGUGUACCUGUGUACAUAACUUUGUAAAAACACUGAGAAAUUAAACUAACUUAUUUAUGUCAAGCUUUUAUCUAAAAAAAUGGGUUUUGAUCAUGGUUAUCCAAAGUGGCAUUGAGUCAUUAUUUUUUUGUAAAUGCUUAUUUUUGGUAGUUUUUUAAAACAAUUGCAUACGGUUGCAAACUGAGCCUGACAAAAUAUUUGAUAUGUGCAUUUUGUAAUGUGUGGUAUUAAAAUAUGCUGCAAUCAAUUAAAAAGAGAGUUAAAUUAUGAAA